UGCCUCAACCACCAGCUCUCCAGCUCAGAAAAGGCUCUGGGUUCUCCUGUUUGCUGCUACACACACUGAACAAGGACCACUGACAACAUUUCUCUCAGCAGCUCUGCAACUAACAAACAAAGAGAAUGAGGGGUACCGUAGUAAUGUUUUGCCUGAUUGGAGCAGUUUUUGCCAACCCAAUUUUUUUCAGUGCCAUUUCGGAAUCAAAUUCGCUUGACUCAAACUCGACUGAAAGUUUGUCGGUUUCACAAUCUUCAGAAAAUGACACCUCAGAGCUUCAGAGCUCUGAAGAAAGUAACUCUAUUCAAAGUCAGAGCUCAGAGUCAGAAUCAUCAGAAUCCACGUCAGAGGACAAGACUUCAGAGGAGAGUAACAGCCAAUCAGAUGAGGAUGUUGCGAUUGAUCUUAUGAUUGAAACCAGAGAUGAUAGCAUGGGCAGCGAGGAGAAUAUUCGAAAGAGUUGGGUUCAACAGUUCGCAAGUGUCAUCAAAGACCUGAGUGCAGAGGAAAACAGCAGCAUGGAGGUCAAGGCUCAACCAGACCACCUGACUGAGAAACAGCCCACUCUUACCUCCACCAGCACGAACAACACCGAAAGCAGCAGUGAGAGCACCAGCAGUGAGAGCACCAGCAGUGAAAGCGACCAGACCAACGAGACCAGUGAGGAGAGUGACAGCAGCAGCGAGGAAAGCAAGAGCUUGGAGGACAGUAAUGCUAUUGACAGCGAUGAGCUGCAGCAAAUCAAAGCCCCAGACUGUGUGAAGGGAACUCAAAGCUGUGAAAGUGAAGAGUAUUUCUUCCAGGAUAUAGGAGACGAUGCUCAGUACUCAGUGGACAAUCUAAUGAUGCCAGAGGAGGCUGAAAGGGAGCUACGUUUAAGGAGAUGAGGAGAUGCUCUUGUGCAGCUUUUUGUUUUACCACUAUGAACUACUGCACAAUUAAAUGGCCUGCUUGAAGACUUCAGGAUGAUACAUUUUAAUCUUGCCCAUCGCUUUGAAUUUUAAUUUUGGCAAUAUACUGUUACCUGCAGCUGAAUUAUAUAUAUGUGUGUGUGUGUGUGUGCGUGUGUGUGUGUGUGUGUGUGUGCGUGCGUGCGUGCGAUUAUUACUGUGAUUAAGAUUAAGCAUUUACUUUUGUUUUGAUAAUAAUAAACAUAUAAUGUAACCAUAGUAUU